AUGGGUUACGCAGUCGAAGAAGUCGAUAUCCCCUUUGCCAACCUUCAAGCAAAGAACCCCGAUAUUAAGCGAUUUUCAGCGAGCACCAUUAUAUUCUGCCGUGACCCACAUAACCCAACCGAGCCAUACGCUUUCCUGUGCCAGCGUGCACACUGGGACCACUCGCUAGGAAAGGCGAACUCGUGGGCUGGAAGCUGGGAGACACCCGGGGGAAGUCAUGACCAUGGCGAAAGCAUACUUGACACUGCAAUACGCGAGACUAGAGAAGAGGCCAUCAAGUUGAAUCCGGAUGAGCACAUGGAUUUCUGUUGGGCCACAGAAGCACAAAUCCGGGAUUCUCUUCCCUACGAUGCGGAAAAACCUCAACAGGAAGGACUUGUCAUGCUUGAAAACAAGAAAAAGACUAUCCUCGAUGCUUUCAAGCAACUUCAGGAUUCCCAGCUUGAUAUGAUCGUGAGGUCAGGAGAACCUCGCGAGUAG